CGCUGACCGGCCUUAACCACAGGCUGCUUUGUGUAUGCUGUCCAGAAACACUUGUUGCCAGAUCCCCUGUACAAGAUGCGCCCUUCUCGGUGUCUCACCUGUCGCAUUCCAUGACCUUUUCUUGUAGAUGUGCCCGAAGUGUGCGCUUGCGACCAAUAUCCCCCCGCAUACGGAGUACUUCAUACUGUGCUGGACAUCUUUGGCGGUAUAUGAACUCUUGCGACUGCACAAAGUGACAUAUCCUGAACCAUGGGAAAACAGCCUGCGGUCAUCAUCAUUACUAGGCAUGGCGCACGUCUCGAUCAAGCCGACCGAAACUGGCUCACGACAGCAGAGAAACCCUACGAUACUCCUCUAUCUUAUGGCGGAUGGAUUCAGUCGCAAACGCUGGGAGCGAGGAUCAAUAAUGAGCUACAUAAUCUAGAUACACCGUACAAGCAAAGCGCAGAGAACAAGGACGAUUCGACCCAGGAGUCUCCCCGCAAGAGACGCAAGAUAAUUAUCCAUUCCUCUCCCUACCUCCGGUGCGUCCAGACUGCCAUCGCUAUCAGUGCAGGUAUACAGCAUCCACAGAAUCAUACACGUCCUCGUCCGAGGCCGCGGCAGCAUUCCUCUCGAACAAGUCUUUCAACCACAGAUGAGGCCCCCAGCGCACUAACCGACCCUCAUGAACCCGAAAACUCCUCCCUGCAGCGCACCGUCAGUCGUGAGCCGCCACAAACAAAUCGCUUAGGGCAUAAUACGUGUCUCUUGAGAAUCGACGCAUUCCUGGGAGAAUGGCAGUCUCGAACAUACUUCGAGUCGGAGCUGCCUCCGCCUUCGGCAGUCCUGGUCUCACAAGCCAAGAUGGAGUUGCAAUUGCCACAAGAAGAGAUCAAGGGAGCCGACCUGUCUCCGUCAAUGACCUACGAUCUGCCGUCAAUGGACUGGGAGGAGAAAGAAAACGAGGUUGCGUCUGUGCCUGUCCAUGAGAAGACAGGAUUGAGGGCGAUGGCAGCUGCGGGCCAUUCCUUCCCCAAACGACCACGCAACAUCUCCUUUGGUACAGAACUUGCAAACGGCGCCAAGUUACUAAACAGGAAUCUCCAAAGACAGCCUUUGGGUUAUAGUCCACCUGCGCCGACGUAUGCCAUGGGCCCCUCCGACAAGAUUCCCCCUGGGUAUGUUGCUCAUGCCCGGGAUGGAUGUGUGAUCAUCGAUCAGGAUUGGGAUAGUGAGGGCAAACCUCUCGAAUGGGGUGACGGUGGUCCUUUUGACGAAGAAUGGGGAAGUAUGCAUCGACGAUUUCGCAACGGCCUGCAGAAAAUGAUCGAAUUUUAUGAAUCACAAGCAGCAGCUAAGGAGCGUAACAGUUCCGACAAAGACGAAGAAGACUUGGUUCUCGUCCUAGUCACCCAUCAAGCAGGCUGCAAUGCGCUCAUCAGGAUCCUUACUGGGGCUCCUGCUCUGCAUGAUGUCGCCACUGCUUCAUUGACCAUGGCGGUAAGGUCUCAAAGUCCAGAGAAAGAACGGUCUCCUAUAUCUCCCACCAGACGGCGAGGAUCUCUGGACCUCAGCGUCUCCGAUGAGUACGAGAUGAGAAUCGUUGCCUCCACUGAACACCUCCGUGCUGGGUCGAAUCCAUUGGGUCUGAAUUCGCCACGACUCGGCAAGUCACCAGCAUUUGCGAAUCGUCGUGCGGUAGGAGCAGAUUCACCAGAGGGUCUGACCCUCGGAGAGUCGCUGUCUCAUCAUCGUGGCUCCAGUGCUUCGGCUCUGGCUAGAAGUCAAAGUCAGAGAUCACAUGUCGCUGAUGGCGGGACCAAUGAUGAAGCUCCGACGGGCUUGUGGCGACGAGGGAGUCGUUAUUCCAGAGACGAGACCGCUGAUUCCAGCGAUACCGGUAUAAGCCUUAGUGUGCAGACUGGCAGCACUUCGGAGAGUACUCCAGAAGAGAAUUGGCAAGCCGACAAGCUUCCUGUUCGAAGUGCCAGUCAACGUGGACUUUGGGGUGGUGAGUCUAUUAACAGGGCACGAAGUCCUGGCAAAAGAAGAUGGACUGCCGUGGAGAGGUCGCCUUGAAGUCAUGUAGCGCGAGGAGAAAAGGACCAGCACAACCCUCCUGGGCUGAUAGAGACAUCUGUGACGGUUUCACAUAAUGAUUGAUGAUAUACUCCUCUCUGUUUUUGCUGGACUUGCUCGUCACGAUGAACGCACCAGACCAGGAGAGUGAAGGCGAACACCGAAUAUGCCAGAGAUUACCGAGUGUUUCUCAGCAAUAAUAGUCGAACGGGGUGUCCCGUAUAUAUGUACAUAUAUAUCUUGAG